AUGAGCUCCAGCGAUCUCGACACACCGUCUAGAAGAAGCGAAAAAGAUCAUGGUUUGGUGUCGGACGACGCCCAGUUGAAACGUCAGCCCAGCGCGGCUGACUCCAAUAGACCUGAGCUGUUUCUCAACAGCGACGAUCUCGAAAAAGUCUCCGGUUCGGAAAUAUACCCACAAAAAAGACUGUUUUCGCUACUCCAUACCCGCGACAUUCCACCAAUCCCAGAAGAAAAGGACCGCAAAGUCUACCCGCUCUAUCAUACCAACUGGGUGUACCGUACGUUCUUCUGGUUCGUUUUCCCGAUCAUCCGGGUCGGGUACAAACGUACCCUUCAGCCCAACGAUCUGUGGACCAUGGACCCACGCAUCAACAUCGAAACUAUGACCCGCGAAUUUGACCUUCAUUUCGAUCAUUAUGUCGAUAAGGCGCGCGCCCAAUAUGCCCAAGACCACCCGGACGCCACGCCGCAGCAAGUGAUCGAAAACACAGUUCUUCCGAAACACACACUUCUCAAGGCUUUGCUGUGGACUUUCAGAUGGCAAUAUUUCAUGGCGUUCAUGUUCAUGAGUUUGUCAAACGCCGCUACAGCAUUUCUCCCCAUGGUAACCAAACGGCUCCUCACUUUUGUGCAACACAAGGCCUUGAUUACUGAUUUGAAAGUUAACAAAGGUGUUGGAUACGCCAUUGGCGCCAGUCUUAUGAUGCUUUUGAACGCCGUUCUUUUCAAUCAUUUUUUCCAUAACUCCCAACUUACAGGUGUUCAGGUCAAAUCCGUGUUGAUCAAGGCUAUGUUGCGGAAAUCGUUAAAAUUAUCAAGUUACUCUAGACACAAAUUACCCAACGGUAAAAUUACUUCCAUUAUGUCCACCGACUUAUCAAGACUCGAACUGGCCAUUAUGUUUCAACCCUUAGUGGGUGCCUUUUUUGUUGCGAUUACCAUCUGCAUUGUAUUGUUGAUCAUCAAUCUGGGUCCUAUCGCCCUAGUUGGUGUGGGAGUUUUCUUCGCAGCAGGAUUUGUAUCCACCAUGGCUUUCAAAUCCCUAAUCAACGUUCGCAAAGCUACAAACAUUUUCACAGAUGCAAGAGUCACCCUUAUGCGCGAAAUCUUGAACAGUAUGAAGAUGAUUAAAUUUUAUGCAUGGGAAGACGCUUACGAGAAAAAUGUGCAAGAAAUCCGUUCUUCUGAGAUUGUCAAAACUAGGUACAUGCAGUUCACAAGAAAUUUUGUAACUGCUUUGGCCGUUUGUCUGACUAACAUUGCUUCGAUGGUAACUUUUCUGGCCAUGUACAAGGUUAACAACGGCGGAAGAAGUCCUGCUAAUAUUUUCUCCUCCCUCUCCCUUUUCCAAGUUUUGAGCAUUCAAAUGUUCUUUCUACCCAUGGCCUUGGGUACUGGGGUUGAUGGGUUAAUCGCAUUGGGUCGUGUCCAGGAAGUCUUGCAAGCCGGUGAAGAUGAUCAGGAUAUUGAAGCGCACAUGCUACCCUUGCAAGACGACAAACUUGCUGUCAAAUUGGUGGACGCUUCAUUUCAGUGGGAAAACUUUGAAGUGGAAGAGGCUAAAGAAGAAGCAAACUUGAAAAGCCAAUUGGAUGAAUCGAAGAGCAAGAAGGGUCAUGAUGACAAGUCCACUGGUAAAGAGUUAUCGUAUGAAGAGUCGCUCACGAAGCAGGAGUCUAGUUCUGUCAAUGACGGUCCUAGUACAUUGUUCAAAGGCUUCGACCGUUUGAAUUUUGAGAUUGGUAAAGGCGAACUGGUAAUUGUCACAGGAUCUGUAGGGACCGGAAAAUCAUCACUACUAAACGCUCUCGCUGGUUUUAUGAAAAAGACAGGCGGAGACAUUUACAAAGACGGCUCUUUGUUGCUAUGUGGUUACUCGUGGGUACAGAAUGCAACCGUUAAGGACAACAUUUUGUUUGGUUGUCCAUUUGAUGAGGCCAGAUACAAGAAUGUUAUUCGCGUUUGUUCUUUGCAGGCGGAUUUGGAUCUUCUUCCUGCUGGGGACCGGACCGAAAUUGGGGAGCGCGGUAUCACGCUUUCCGGAGGUCAGAAGGCUCGUAUUAAUCUGGCAAGGAGUGUAUACAGAGACAUGGACAUCUACUUAUUCGACGAUGUCUUAAGUGCGGUCGAUGCUCGAGUUGGAAAGCACAUUAUGGACGAGUGUUUGAUGGGAAUGCUUGGCAACAAAACCCGAGUACUCGCCACACAUCAAUUGAGUUUGAUCUCUAGAGCGUCUAGAGUCAUCUUCAUUGAUCUUGACGGAUCUGUCGAUGUCGGCACCGUUGAUGAGUUAAAAUCUAGACACGCAGGAUUUGUUAACCUGAUGGAGUUUUCCACGAACUCUGAGUCCGAAGAUACACCUCAAGAGAACCCAAGCGCUUCACGUCCAACAUUUGAUCGUGAGAAAAGUGAAAAGGAGACCGCAGCAUUGCAAAAACAACUCAGUAAGAGGUCUCAGCUUCAAGAUGACAAUAAUCGUCAAAAUACUGGUCAAAUUACUGCGAAGGAAGAGCGUGCUGUCAAUUCUAUCAGCUGGAAAGUAUACAAGGAAUAUAUUUCCGCUGGGGUUGGUAAGAAAGGGUUUUUCCUAUUACCGCUCUACGUGCUGUUUUUGGCACUCUCUACCUUCACUCUUUUAUUCUCAUCCGUAUGGUUAUCCUUUUGGACAGAGUUUAAGUUCAAGAACAAGAAAACACCGUUCUAUAUGGGAAUGUACACUUUUUUUGUUUUCUUCAACUACAUCUGUACCACUACUCAGUUCACAAUGCUCUGUUACAUUGGAGUAACAGCGGCCAAGUGGCUGAAUCUGAAAGCUGUGAAGCGGUUGUUACAUACUCCGAUGUCUUUCAUUGACACGACUCCUAUUGGAAGAAUUCUCAAUAGAUUCACCAAAGAUACCAAUACAGUUGAUUCUGAACUCACUGAGAGUGUUCGACUAUUUGUCUAUCAAGUUUCAAAUAUCAUCGGUGUUAUGAUCAUGUGCAUUAUCUACCUACCGUGGUUUGCAAUUGCUGUUCCAUUUCUAAUCUUGACCUUCGUUAUAGUUGCUGAUCAUUACCAGAGCUCAAGCAGAGAAAUUAAGAGAUUGGAAGCACUGCAGAGAUCACACGUCUACAAUAACUUCAAUGAAGUUCUUGGUGGUAUGGAUACUAUCCGGGCAUACAAAAGUGAAAAGCGGUUUUCUAGAAAAUCUGACUUUUUAAUUGACAGAAUGAAUGAAGCAGGCUAUGUGGUAGUUAGCUUGCAAAGAUGGGUUUCCAUUGCCCUUGAUAUGAUUGCUAUGUCGUUUGCCUUGAUCAUUACAUUACUAUGUGUCACACGUCAAUUUCACAUAUCGCCGUCAUCGGUAGGUGUACUGUUAACUUAUGUUUUACAGUUGCCAGGUUUACUGAAUUCGCUAUUGAGAGCUAUGACACAAGGCGAAAAUGAUAUGAAUAGUACUGAAAGAUUAAUUGCAUACGCCACGGAACUACCUUUGGAAGCUGAUUACAGGAAGCCUGAAUUGAGUCCACCUGCUGAUUGGCCCACCAAUGGAUCCGUUGAAUUUGAAGAUGUUAGCUUGGCCUACAGACCAGGACUACCUGUGGUAUUAAAAAAUGUAAAUUUGGAAAUUGGUGGUGGUGAAAAGAUUGGAAUCUGCGGUAGGACGGGUGCAGGUAAGUCAACUAUCAUGAGUGCGCUGUACAGGAUAUGUGAACUGGAGUCCGGAAAAAUCUUUAUCGAUGGCAUAGAUAUUUCCACUUUAGGUCUCCACGAGUUACGGUCAAAACUAUCAAUCAUUCCCCAGGACCCUGUUAUGUUCAGGGGCACUGUACGUAAGAACCUGGAUCCUUUUGGUGAGCGUUCAGAUGAAGAUCUCUGGGUUGCGUUGGUUGAAAGUGGUGCCAUAAGCGCUGAAAUGGAACCUGAGGUACGCGCUCAGACCUAUGAAAAGGAAGGGUCGCUAAGUGCCCUGCACAAAUUUCAUUUGGAGCAGGAAGUAGAAGAGGACGGUUCAAAUUACUCGUUGGGCGAGCGGCAAUUACUGGCACUCACGAGGGCGUUGGUGAGACAGUCAAGAAUUUUGAUUUUGGACGAGGCGACUUCUUCCGUCGACUACGAAACCGAUGCCAAAAUUCAGGCUCGUAUUGCCCAAGCGUUUUCGCAUUGUACCAUACUGUGUAUCGCACAUCGGUUGAACACAAUUCUCGACUACGACAGAAUAUUAGUGUUGGAGAAAGGAGAGGUUGCCGAAUUCGGCACGCCGAGCGAAUUAUUUGAUCAAAAUGGCAUUUUCAAAGAAAUGUGUGGCAGAUCAGGUAUCGCCAGAAGUGACAUUAAAUCCGCCAGUAAGAGUAAACAAUGA